AUGGCAAAUAUGCCCACCAUGCCGCUAAUCAUCCUCUUAGUUGUUGCGGCCAAGUAUAUGGACAUGGAUCUCCAACUCCUCUUCUCAUAUCUCCUUCCUCCUGCUGUCCUCUGUAUAUCUCUUUAUCUCCUCUUUUUAGCAUAUAGAAGAAAAUCCUCCAAUGCCAAGUUUCCACCGGGAAAAACAGGAUGGCCAAUCAUCGGAGAAACAUGGGACUUUGUGAGAGCUGGCAGGAGUGGAAAACCUGAGAAGUUCGUAAAUGACAGAAUGACCAAAUACUCGACGGAUGUGUUUCAAACAUCCCUUCUUGGGGAUAAUUUGGCUAUGUUCUGUGGAGCCUUAGGCAACAAGUUUUUAUUCUCAAGCGAAGACAAGUAUGUCACCACCUGGUGGCCUCGUCCCAUACAGAGAAUAUUGUCUUUUCCCGAGGAAAUUGUCAACUCUUCCAAAGACGAUAGUACCAUAUUGCGCAGAUUUCUUCCUGAAAUUCUCAAGCCAGAAGCUCUGAAGCAUUACAUACCUAUUAUGGAUUCGAUGGCGAAAGAGCACUUGGAGGCAGAUUGGUCUCCAAACAAACAAGUGAAGGUGUUGCCACUCUCCAAAAAAUACACAUUUACACUAGCUUGUAGAUUGUUUAUGAACAUCGAGGAUCCUGCUCAUGUAAGCAGGCUUGAAAAUCACUUCGUUCUUGUUACUAACGGCAUAGUGUCAGUGCCUAUAAAUUUUCCCGGUACGACUUACUACCGUGCAGUCAAAGGAGGCAAAAUCAUUCGGGAGGAGCUUCUAGCAAUCAUGAAGCAGAGGAAAACGGAGCUAACAUUGGAGAACUAUAAAGAAUGUGCAGAAGGUACUGAUCUAUUGACCCGGAUGCUUCUUGCAUCAGAUGACAAUGGAAAACCUUUAAAUGAAAGGGAUAUUGCUUAUAAGGUUUUGGGUUUACUUGUUGCCGGCCAUGAUACAACCAGUAGUGCAAUCACAAUGGUCAUGUACUAUCUUGCCGAGUAUCCCCAUAUCUAUCAGAGAGUCUUGGAAGAACAGAUGGAGAUCGCAAGGUCGAAAGCUCCUGGAGAGUUGUUGAAUUGGAAGGAUGUCCAAAAGAUGAAGUAUUCUUGGUGUGUGGCUUGUGAGGUAUUGAGGGUCUCGCCGCCUGUUUCUGGAACAUUUAGAGAGGUUAUAGCAGACUUCUCUUUUGCAGGUUUUACCAUUCCAGAAGGAUGGAAGGCAUAUUGGAGUGUAUACUCAACACAUAAAAAUCCCAAGUAUUUUCCAGAUCCAGAGAAGUUUGAUCCUUCAAGAUUUGAAGAGAAAGUCCCUGCACCAUAUACAUUUGUUCCUUUUGGUGGAGGACCUUUUAUGUGUGCAGGAAAAGAAUAUGCGAGGCUGGAGAUUCUUGUUUUUAUGCAUAAUCUGGUGAACAGAUUCAAAUGGGAGAAAGUGAUUCCAAAUGAAAAGGUUAUGUACACUUCAUUUGCCAUGCCAGUUAAAGGCCUCCCAGUUCGCCUGCAGCCUCUCAGGAACUAA